AUGACAUACCGUAUGGGUAUGGUUUUUUUCCAUUUUGUCUUUGCUAUGGGAUCCAUGUACUUCGGCAUGAUGUUUGUCGGCUGGGACACUCAUCAUACAUCAGAAAAGUGGAGUAUGGAUGCCGGCUGGACCAGUACAUGGGUCCAUAUAGCUAGCGAGGGUCUAGUAGUAAUAUCCUUCGUAUCAAUACUCCUUGCCCGGAUAUAUGGAAUAGGUUGGCUUCGUCAGAUACUUGAACGGAUCAUUGGAACAGGUGGUCAGCAGAGUGGUGAAUCCCGGACCACAGAGCUCGAGAUGAACACCGGACCACCACCUUCGCCGUUAUCGCAGGCCACCGAUCUCCAAAUAUCUGAGUCCAUCAACAUCAGUGCCUUGAGCAGUAACGACAACACUGAGCUAUCUCCUCUGCCUACGUUAUCACAAACCGAGAGCGAAAUAGUUGAAGAGUAG